UUGAGGGAGAUAUAGGAAGCAUCAUACCCUCUCCGUACUCACUCUCGACAUUAAUGCGCGGUUCCAAGCUGAACUUAAUUCAAAAGUAAUAUUUUUUCUAAAUUUCCGUUUUUUUUUUUGAGUGCGUAAUAGUGCAAAUGGAGAUGCUACUUACAUUUUCUUUAGCGCUCUUUUUAAUAGCGUUUCAGCAAUUAUUGGCGACAGAUCCAAUCGAAUUUCACGAAAUCCCUCAAGACAAACAUUUGAACCAGCCGAAAAGACGACUCUCACUGCAAAACACAGCGGAGAUCCAGCACUGUCUGGUGAAUGCUGGGGAUGUGGGCUGUGGCAUGUUCGAAUGCUUCAACAACAACUCGUGUGAAAUCCAAGGCCUACAUGACAUCUGUAUGACAUUUCUGCACAAUGCCGGCAAGUUUGACUCCCAGGGGAAGUCCUUCAUCAAGGAUGCCCUGAAGUGCAUGGCCCACGGCCUGAGGCACCGGUUCAGCUGUGUGAGCAGGAAGUGCCUGGCGGUGAAGGAGAUGGUGUUCCAGCUGCAGAGAGAGUGCUACGUCAAACACAACCUUUGUUCUGCUGUCAGGGAGAACGUCAACGUCAUGGUGGAGAUGAUCCACUUCCAGGACCUCUUCCCCAAAGGGCCUCAUGUGGAGCUGGUGAACAUCCUGCUGGGCUGUGGCGAGGAGGUGAGGACGGCUAUAGCACGGCGAGUGAGGAUGCAGUGUGAGCUGAACUGGGGGGCCCUGUGUGGCAGCCUGAGCCUGUGCUCCCUGGGCCGCUCAGAUGACCCCCAACACAUCACCGUCCCUUCCGCCUCUCUGCAGGGCAGGAGCACACUGCCCCCUGCUGGCCAGCUCUCCCUCCCCAACACCGAACAGGACCAACCAAGAACAGACCAGCUAGGAGACGAGGGGAGCCUUCACCCCUCUAAGAGUCUCAGUCAGAAUCCCCUGGAUGAUGCCACAGACCCUGGGCUCGCUGUGCCCGGUCAAGCACCCAGUACCGCCAUCCAGGGGUGAAACGGAGUGCAAGGUCCCUAGCCUGAACACACAACAGAUAAGCCCCUAACCUCUGACCCACGUUUCCCCCUCAAGCAACCCUACUACAGACUACCUCUGACCCCCUUUCCCCUCAAGCAACCCCACUACAGAUGACUCUGACCCCCUUCCCCUGAAACAACCCUACUACAGACGACCUCUGUUGUAAACAAGGGAGAGUAAUGACCUUGUACCAUGCUUCUCCAUUCCUACUCUCCUAAAUGGUACAGGUGACAGGGUAUAUUUGGUCAAAUGUAGAUUUUGAGGCCUUGUUUUUCAGUAAUUCCAUGUUUUAAUUACAAGUGAUAUUCAAAACAUAUUUUAAAGUAACAUUUAUUUCAUUUGAUUCCUUUUUAAAAGUAAAUCAUGGGCAUAUCAAUCUUACAGUAUAAACAAUGUAUACAGAUCCAGGUAUCUGUUAGUUCAGUAAAGAUGUAAGAGUUUGUCACAGCAAGGACUCUAUUGGAACUGGUUGGAAGUUGUCUUACACUUCUUCCCAAAAUUGUGACUGCAAUAUUCCAGGUUUAGCUAGACAUGAACUUGGUAAUACACACAGUUAUGAAUUAUAGUUUGACAAAUUAGGUUUUAAAGAGACCUUAGACUUAAUUAAACCCACAUCUUGGAUGGCUGACUCGCUCUAGGUCCUAUUUUUCUAGGUAUCCAGAAGAUGAGGUAAAUUUAUAAGUAAACGGUCUAUUGUGUUUUACAUUAUGUCAACUAGUUUCAAUACUGCGUUUGUUUUAACUAAAUACUAGGCGCUACCGUAAAUAAACUUGGAGAGAAUAGAGAAUUGUGCUUACGCAAGCUGUCAAUGUUUCUGCGGAAACUAUUUUAUUUGCAGUACAAAAGUGAACCGUAACAACUCAAUGUCACAUCAACUCUGCAAAGAGAAGUCCAUUACUGGCCCGUAUGAUGCCUUGUGUGUGUGUGAUUUCUCAUCACAAGUAACAACUUGGCUGACAAGUGGCCCUUCUACCACAAUCAGGAAAGCUCAUUUAAAAGAUAUCUCGCAACCAUAAACUCUGAAACAUGGUAAUGCGCGUUCACUCCUCGGCAAACAUCAGGAAACCUCAGGUGUUAUAACAAAACAAUGAGACCCAUCAAAAUGUAUUAGUUAAAUGGAAUGUUGAGUCUUGGCCUGUUCUCACGGAGGCCUUCGUUUAUAUGUAUCAGGGUCUACUGCAAUUUUUCAUUUCACACAGGAUGACCACAGAAUGUCUUGUCAAACAUUUUCAAAUCUGACAGUUUGAAUGUUUUUACUAGCUUUUGAUCCAACUAGCUAGCUUGUCCUUUAGUAGUAACCUCAAUAGUACUCCAAGUAACCUACCUCACCAGUCAUGCCAGCUCUAGAGAUGUUUAAUACUGGACACUUUCAGAGGACAUUGAACUGGUAUGAAUACAACAGACACUCUGCUGUCUCUCACAUUUAUUUUUUUUUACACUCAUUUUGUACAGUUGGCUUGUAUGAUGUGGAUUUUCUUUUGGUAUGUCCAGUUGUGCAUGUGUAAGAUGAGCAUCAACUGCCCUCUACACAACUUCUGUCAGUACUAUCGGCUAAAUGUCAUCAAAUGGAUGACUGCAUUCAGACUCUGUACUUGAAUACAGCAACUUAUUUCUUACGAAGUUUGUUUGUACUCUGAUUCGAUGUUUAAGUAUUUAACUUUUAUUUAUUUUGACGACUUUUCUUAAGCUAUGCAUUACCUUUAUUUGUGGUGUAGGGUUAGGCCUUGAUACAAGCAAACUACCAUUUUAUACUUUUCAUUUUAGUUAUUUUGGACAUUAAACAUUUCAGAUACUUUGCCAUUUUAAAUCUAUGACAAUGCAUUGUAAUCAUUUUAUAAGCAUAUUGUUGAAUAAAACUAACAAAUUCUA